AGCCUCGAGGCUGCGUAAUUUGCACAACCCCUUCCCCAGCAUCCCUAUUUUUCCUUGGUGGACCAUGGAUACUCACACGAGGUGGAAAAAGAGGACUUGGGUGCUGAGUUCCAGCUGCCCUUGGAGUGUAGCACUGUUCCUACUCUAUGCAAUUUCCGAAAGCCAUGCAGCUGAGCCUGCGGAUCUCUUGAAGGUACUAGAUUUUCACAAUUUGCCCGAUGGCAUAACAAAAACAACGGGUUUUUGCACAAGCAGAAGGUCUUCCAAAGGAGCAGAUGUGGCUUACCGAGUAACAAAAGAUGCGCAACUGAGCGCCCCGACCAAGCAGCUCUACCCUGCAUCUCCAUUUCCAGAAGACUUCUCUAUCCUGACCACCGUAAAAGCAAAGAAGGGGGGACAGUUCUUCCUGCUGUCCAUUUACAAUGAACAAGGCAUCCAACAGAUUGGUGUGGAGAUGGGCAGGUCUCCUGUAUUCAUGUAUGAGGACCACACUGGGAAGCCAGGCCCGGAGGAGUACCCUCUUUUCCGGGGCAUCAACCUGUCAGAUGGCAAGUGGCACCGAAUAGCCAUCAGUGUGUACAAGAAGAAUGUCACCUUGGUUUUGGAUUGUACAAAGACGAUCACCAAGACGCUGCAAAGGAGUGAGCACCCCAUCAUUGAUGUCAAUGGAAUCAUCGUAUUUGGAACCAGGAUCUUGGACGAAGAGGUUUUUGAGGGCGACAUCCAGCAGCUCCUCUUGGCGGAUGACUACCGGGCAGCCUAUGAUUACUGUGAGCACUACAGCCCCGACUGCGACACGGCCGUCCCAGAAACGCCGCAGUCCCAGGACCCAAACCCGGAUGAGUAUUACACGGACGGGGAUGGAAACCUGGAAGUGGAGGGAGAAACCUACUAUUACGAAUACCCAUAUUAUGAGGACACCGGGGACACAGGCAAAGCUGUUCCGCCCACCGCGGGCCCCAUGGACAAUGAGGAGGCAGCCAGGGGGGCAGCAGAAACCGCAGAGGACCCUCCCCCUCCACCCACACCGGCCCCCCCUGUUGUUGACACCACCCAAGAGGAAACCAAGGAGGAAGAAAAGGUGGACGACCUGCUGGUGGACGAAUACCACUAUGGGACCUUGCCUGAGGAAUACUACACUCCACUGCCCUAUGAGGAUAUCGGCUACGAUGAUCUCGAUAAUUUGGACACACUUCCGGAAGGUGCUGUCAAGGCAGAGGUUCCCACCAGCACGGUUAUCACGUACAACGAAACUGAUGCUGCCGGCCCCACGACGGAAGGUGAGGAAGACCCUGACAAGGACUUCUCUGUCACAGAUUACGAAGGCGGCUACUAUGAUGGCUACUACGACCCAACGAGUUCUCCCGACCUUGGGCUGGGCAUGCCUGCCAACCAGGACACGAUUUACGAAGGGAUCGCGGGGCCUCGAGGCGAGAAAGGCCAGAAGGGCGAGCCAGCGAUCAUCGAGCCGGGCAUGCUUCUCGAAGGCCCAUCCGGCCCAGAAGGCCCAGCGGGUCUUCCGGGGCCUCCAGGAACAACCGGGCCCAUGGGUCCAGUCGGUGAUCCCGGAGAAAGGGGCCCGCCUGGGCGACCGGGCCUCCCUGGAGCGGAUGGCUUGCCAGGACCUCCUGGGACGAUGUUGAUGCUGCCGUUCCGGUUCAGCGGUGGAGGAGACGGGGGCUCCAAAGGCCCCCUGGUGUCCGCACAGGAAUCCCAGGCCCAAGCCAUCCUGCAACAGGCCAGGCUGGCGCUGAGAGGGCCGGCGGGCCCCAUGGGCCUCACGGGACGGCCAGGCCCCUUGGGACCCCCAGGUAGUGGAGGAAUGAAGGGUGAACCAGGAGACAUGGGACCUCAGGGACCACGCGGCAUGCAAGGCCCUCCUGGCCCAGCGGGAAAGCCAGGGCGCCGGGGACGUGCUGGCAGUGAUGGAGCCAGAGGCAUGCCAGGACAGACUGGACCAAAGGGUGACCGUGGCUUUGACGGCCUGGCCGGAUUGCCCGGGGAGAAAGGGCACAGGGGCGAUCCAGGCCCCUCAGGCCCUCCUGGGGCUCCAGGCGAAGAUGGCGAGAGGGGCGAUGAUGGAGAAGUUGGACCACGAGGUCUACCUGGUGAACCAGGACCCCGUGGUUUGCUGGGACCCAAAGGCCCCCCAGGGCCACCAGGACCUCCGGGCAUUGCUGGCAUGGAUGGCCAACCGGGCCCCAAGGGAAAUGUGGGUCCCCAAGGUGAACCUGGGCCACCAGGCCAACAAGGAAAUCCAGGUGCUCAGGGGCUUCCAGGUCCUCAAGGUCCGAUCGGUCCCCCAGGAGAAAAGGGUCCGCUGGGGAAACCGGGCCUUCCUGGCAUGCCUGGGGCAGACGGUCCUCCGGGCCACCCAGGCAAAGAAGGGCCUCCUGGUGAGAAGGGAAGUCAGGGCCCCGUCGGUCCUCAGGGCCCAAUUGGAUAUCCUGGUCCACGCGGGGUAAAGGGCGCAGAUGGUGUCCGUGGCCUGAAGGGAACGAAAGGAGAGAAGGGCGAGGAUGGCUUCCCCGGAUUCAAAGGCGACAUGGGGAUCAAAGGAGACAGGGGUGAAAUUGGCCCUCCUGGUCCACGGGGAGAAGAUGGCCCAGAAGGCCCAAAAGGCCGGGGAGGACCCAAUGGAGAUCCUGGCCCAUUAGGCCCACCAGGAGAAAAGGGAAAGCUUGGAGUCCCUGGAUUGCCAGGUUACCCUGGAAGGCUGGGUCCCAAGGGGUCCAUUGGAUUUCCAGGGUUUCCAGGAGCCAACGGAGAGAAAGGAGGAAGGGGCACCCCAGGUAAACCUGGACCAAGAGGUCAGCGUGGCCCAACGGGUCCCAGGGGAGAACGAGGCCAGCGAGGUAUCACAGGCAAGCCUGGGCCAAAGGGCAACUCUGGCGGUGAUGGACCUCCGGGUCCUCCAGGAGAAAGGGGUCCACCAGGCCCCCAAGGACCCACUGGAUUUCCUGGACCAAAGGGCCCUCCAGGUCCGCCAGGAAAAGACGGGCUGCCAGGCCACCCUGGGCAAAGAGGAGAAACCGGCUUCCAAGGCAAGACGGGUCCCCCUGGGCCUCCGGGAGUUGUUGGGCCUCAGGGUCCAACUGGAGAAACAGGGCCAAUGGGUGAACGCGGCCAUCCCGGGCCCCCAGGGCCUCCUGGAGAACAGGGACUUCCUGGGCUGGCUGGAAAGGAAGGAACAAAGGGUGAUCCAGGUCCCGCGGGGCUUCCCGGGAAAGAUGGCCCGGCUGGUUUGAGAGGGUUUCCCGGUGACCGAGGCCUCCCUGGCCCGAUUGGGCCGGUGGGUCUGAAGGGUAACGAAGGGCCCCCAGGGCCGCCUGGACCAGCGGGUUCCCCCGGCGAGCGAGGUCCGGCCGGAGCAGCUGGCCCAAUAGGCCUGCCGGGAAGGCCUGGCCCCCAGGGACCUUCCGGCCCGGCUGGUGAGAAAGGAGCCCCGGGAGAGAAAGGCCCCCAAGGUCCAGCAGGCCGUGAUGGAAUCCAAGGACCAGUUGGGCUUCCAGGACCAGCUGGUCCUGUUGGUCCACCAGGGGAAGAUGGAGACAAGGGCGAGAUUGGUGAGCCAGGACAGAAAGGAAGCAAGGGCGACAAAGGGGAACAGGGUCCACCAGGUCCUACCGGUCCCCAGGGCCCACUCGGCCAACCAGGUCCUGCUGGAGCUGAUGGUGAGCCUGGACCUCGAGGACAACAAGGUCUCUUUGGUCAGAAAGGUGACGAAGGACCAAGAGGCUUCCCUGGUCCUCCAGGCCCUGUGGGACUGCAGGGUUUGCCAGGACCUCCUGGUGAGAAAGGAGAAACUGGUGAUGUUGGCCAAAUGGGUCCUCCCGGCCCCCCAGGGCCACGGGGUCCAUCUGGGCCUCCUGGAGCUGAUGGCCCUCAAGGUCCACCAGGUGGGAUUGGAAAUCCUGGGUCUGUUGGUGAGAAGGGUGAACCUGGAGAAGCAGGAGAGCCUGGUCUUCCUGGAGAUGCUGGACUCCCAGGUCCAAAAGGAGAGCGAGGUGAAAAGGGUGAAGCAGGUCCAUCAGGGGCAGCUGGUCCACCAGGCCCCAAAGGCCCUCCAGGAGAUGAUGGCCCCAAGGGCAGCCCUGGUCCAGUUGGCUUUCCCGGUGACCCAGGUCCUCCAGGUGAACCUGGCCCAGCUGGCCAGGACGGUCCUCCAGGUGAUAAAGGUGACGAUGGCGAACCAGGACAGACUGGAUCCCCUGGUCCAACUGGAGAGCCGGGUCCUUCUGGUCCACCAGGGAAGAGAGGCCCACCUGGGCCAGCAGGUCCCGAAGGCAGACAAGGAGAGAAAGGCGCAAAGGGUGAGGCAGGUUUGGAAGGGCCACCAGGGAAAACAGGCCCUGUUGGCCCUCAGGGACCACCAGGAAAGCCUGGCCCAGAUGGACUUCGAGGAAUCCCAGGCCCUGUGGGUGAGCAAGGACUUCCAGGUUCACCAGGACCAGACGGACCUCCUGGACCAAUGGGCCCACCUGGCUUACCUGGUCUGAAAGGAGAUUCUGGUCCAAAGGGAGAAAAGGGUCAUCCUGGCUUGAUUGGUCUGAUUGGCCCCCCCGGGGAGCAAGGAGAGAAGGGCGACCGUGGCUUGCCUGGGCCUCAAGGCGGAACGGGGCCCAAAGGGGAGCAGGGUAUCGCAGGCCCGUCUGGCCCCCUUGGUCCUCCUGGUCCUCCAGGGCUCCCGGGUCCCCCCGGGCCAAAAGGUGCCAAAGGAUCCUCGGGUCCAACUGGUCCUAAGGGUGAAACGGGUCAUCCUGGCCCACCAGGGCCUCCAGGACCCCCGGGAGAUGUGAUCCAGCCACUGCCUAUCCAGUCCUCCAAGAGGACCCGGCGCAACAUCGACGCGAGCCAGGUCAUGGACGAAGGCAACCCAGACAGCUACAUGGACUAUGCGGACGGCAUGGAGGAAAUAUUUGGCUCCUUAAACUCGCUGAAACUGGAAAUUGAGCAGAUGAAGCAUCCGCUGGGCACCCAGCACAACCCGGCCCGCACCUGCAAGGACCUCCAGCUCUGCCAUCCUGACUUCCCUGAUGGUGAAUACUGGGUAGACCCCAAUCAAGGGUGUUCCAGGGACUCCUUCAAAGUUUACUGCAACUUUACAGCUGGUGGUGAAACUUGCAUCUUCCCAGAUAAGAAAUCAGAAGGAGCUAGAAUUACCGCUUGGCCAAAGGAAAACCCGGGCUCCUGGUUCAGCGAAUUCAAACGCGGUAAACUGCUUUCCUAUGUCGAUUCGGAGGGUAACCCCAUCGGGGUGGUGCAGAUGACCUUCCUGCGGCUCCUGAGUGCAUCCGCCCACCAGAACAUCACCUACAACUGCUACCAGUCUGUGGCCUGGCACGACGCCGUGGUGGGCAACUACGACAAGGCCAUCCGCUUCCUGGGCUCCAACGACGAGGAGAUGUCCUACGACAACAACCCCUUCAUCAGGGCCCUCUUCGAUGGUUGCGCAGCAAAGAAGGGCUACCAGAAGACCAUCCUAGAACUCAACACCCCCAGAGUGGAGCAGGUCCCCAUUGUUGACAUCAUGUUUAAUGACUUUGGAGAAGCCUCGCAGAAGUUUGGAUUCGAGGUGGGACCGGCUUGCUUCAUGGGCUAAAGUGCCACUCGGAAAACCAAUUCCAAAAGAGCAACCUCAUAACCUCAUUGCGCCUUUUUAUUUUUGGCCCCUUUUGGCCACCGUCACAUGCACGUUCUGGAACUGGACAGGUUGAUGUGUUUGUCGCUUGUUUGUUCUCUGUUUUGCCUCAGUCCCAACUCUGACACCGGAACGCAAACCCAUCGGAGCCCCAGUUAAAGGCGGGACUGUUCCUACCACAGACGCGUCCCCAGAAUCACAUGACCUAAAAGCAUCACCUCUUGACCAAAGCAGCCUCUUCUGU